AUGAUGUAAUAGAUUAAAUAUUAUAAAAAAUUAAAAGAAUUUUUAAACUCUUAACUUAUAUCUCAUUAGGUUCUCCAUAUUAAUCUAAUUAGCAAUUAAAUUGGUGACGAAGAUGCAUCAGGCUUAGGUACUGCUUUAGCAAAUUGCAUUAAUCUCUAAAAUUUGACACUUGAGCUUGGUUACAAUAAAAUUGGUGACAAAGGUGCAUCAGGCUUAGGUUCUUCUUUAGAAAAUUGUAUUAAUCUCUCAAAUUUGAAACUUGAUCUUAGUUCCAAUAAAAUUGGUGACAAAAGUGCAUCAGGCUUAGGUUCUGCUUUAGCAAAUUGCAUUAAUCUAUAAAAUUUGACACUUGAGCUUGGUUUCAAUUAAAUUGGUGAUAGAAUAGAAUAGAAAUACUCGCACAUAUAAAUGCACUCAGAAUACAACUUAAAAAUUAAUUUUUAUAAUCGUAUCAGUGGUAUGCUUUAGCUCGUUUAUUGCGUUUAUCUCGUUUAUUUUUACAUGGAAUUUUUCGAAAUAAAGGGGGCGGUAUAGGAUUCGAACCCCCGAUAUCACUGCUAAGACCCUCCGACUCGCCCACUCGAGCCGCUUAGCCCUUCUUAAUUUGGUGAUGAAGGUGCAUCAGGCUUAGGUUCUGCUUUAGCAAAGUGCAUUAAUCUCUCAAUAUUGACACUUAAGCUUGGUUACAAUAAAAUUGGUGACAAAGGUGCAUCAGGCUUAGGUUCUGCUUUAGUAAAUUGCAUUAAUCUCUCAAAUUUGUCACUACAUCUUCAGUAAAAACAGCUUAUUUGUUUUGGAUUGUGA